AUGGCAAAGUUCAUGACCGUCACCUUUGACGAGCACAACCCGGCCACAGACGCCGGGCGAGCCGCUGGUGCUACCAACGACAAUGACGACGGCGUCGAGAUUGACUACUCUCCUCUUCCGCGCCUGACGCUGCGCUCGGCCGUCAUGGCCCUGCUCAUUUCCCUCGGUGGCAUGAUCUUCGGUUACGAUACCGGUUCCAUCUCCGGCUUCCUCUCCAUGCCCGACUACCUCCAACGCUUUGGCGAGCCCGACGGCAACGGCGGCUACUACUUCUCCAACGUCCGCUCCGGCCUCAUUGUCGCCAUCCUCUCCAUCGGUACACUCUGCGGCGCGCUCAUUGCUGCUCCUAUUGCUGAUAAGCUUGGCCGCCGCCCCGCCAUCACUAUUGGCUGCUUGGCUGCUAUUGUCGGCUUCAUCAUCCAAAUCACAUCCGAGCAGGCCUGGUACCAAAUCACUAUUGGCCGCCUCGUCGCCGGUCUGGGUAUCGGUGCCCUCUCCCUCCUGGUCCCCAUGUACCAGGCCGAGACUGCGCCGUCCUGGAUCCGCGGUGCCCUCGUGUGCUCGUACCAGCUCUUCAUCACCAUGGGCAUCUUCCUCGCCGCCUGCUUCAACUACGCCACUGUCACGAACCAGCGAGACUCAUCUGCCUCGUGGCGCAUCGUCAUUGGCAUCGGCUUCCUCUGGGCCAUUGCCCUUGGUGUUGGUAUCCAGUUCUUCCCCGAGAGCCCGCGCCACGACUACCGCACUGGCAAGAAGGAGCGUGCCAUCGAGACUCUCUGCAUGGUCCAUGCCACCACUCGCAACCACUGGGCCGUCUACUCUCAGGUCCAGGAGAUUGAGACCAAGCUUGCCGCUGAGAGCAAAAUUGUCCUGCCUCCCGUCGCCGAGUUCCUCAGCAUGUUCAGCGCCCCUCGCAUGGUUCCCCGUAUCCUGAUCGGCUGUGCGCUGCAAAUGUUCCAGAUCCUCACUGGUGCCAACUACUUCUUCUACUACGGUACCGUCAUCUUCCGCUCCGUCAACGCCAACAUGAGCCCCUUUGUUGCCCAGAUCAUUCUGAACACCAUCAACUUUGUCUCGACCUUCCUCGGCCUCUACAUGGUGGAGCACUACGGCCGCCGCAAGUGUCUUAUUGGUGGUUCGGCCCUCAUGUUCUUCUGCUUCAUUGUCUAUGCGUCGGUUGGCCACUUUGCACUCAACCACGAGCAUCCUUCCGAAACACCUGGUCCUGGUGCUGUGCUGGUUGUCUUCUCCGCGCUGUUCAUUCUCGGCUUCGCCACUACCUGGGGCCCUAUGAUCUGGGCCAUCCAAGCCGAGCUGUUCCCCUCGCGAUAUCGCGCCAAGGCUAUGGCUCUGUCCACUGCCAGCAACUGGACCUGGAACUUUUGCGUCGGUUUCUUCACUCCUUUCAUCACUGGUGCCAUUGACUUUAGCUACGGCUACGUCUUUGCCGCAUGCAACUUGAUUGCCGGUCUCAUCGUUUACUUUUUCGUCAUUGAAGGCCAGGGCCGCACCCUCGAGGAGAUUGACACCAUGUACCUGCUUGGUGUCAAGCCUUGGAAGAGUGAGGAGUGGGUAAGGCCUCCUGAGGAGAAGAUGGCCAAGAUUCGCCGCGAAGCUGGCGUUGAUCUGGCUGCCAUGGCAGAGGGCAGCGACAAUGAGACCACUGUCGCAUCUGAGACUAGAGAGGAAGUGAAGGACGCCAAUGUUGAGAAGCACGAGUCUGUUUAA